UACCCUCUCUCUCUCUCUUUCCCUCUUUCCUUCUCUCUUGCUCGCGCGCGCGCACAGACACAGACGUUGCCUCAAUUAGUUAUAAGUGCGAUUAAAUACUAACAACAAGCAUCAUGACCCCACACGGGCAGAAAGACACCACUUCUCAGCAACCAAAGGGCAAUGCUCGCACUUUGGUUUUAAUGGUAAUUUCUGCUGCAGUUGGGGGAACAUUACAAUACGGAUACAACCUCGCCAUUAUGAAUUCCCCCACUGUUUAUAUUCAGAACUUUGUAAAUGAGACGGUUCAAAACCGCUGGGGAAUACAGUUAGAGGUGUAUCAGGUUACACUGAUCUGGACACUCAUAGUGUCGGUUCUCUCAUUGGGUGGCCUUACAGGGGCUCUGUUGGCUGGGCCCAUGUCCAUCCACUUUGGAAGGAAGAAAACUAUGCUGCUGAACAAUAUUUUUCUAAUGUCCAGUGCACUGCUGGCUGUGACAAGCCGUAAAGCUCAGUCUUUUGAGAUGAUCAUCAUCUCCAGAUAUCUGGUUGGCAUCAAUGUGGGGGUCAGUAUGAAUGUGCAGCCAAUGUAUUUUGGUGAAAGUGCACCAAAACACUUGCGUGGUGCUGUAGCCCUGUCCUCUUCUGUCUUCACCGCUUUUGGGCUGGUGCUAGGACAAGUGGUAAGUUUGAGGGAGUUGUUGGGUUGUGAAGCAUGUUGGCAGUACUUGCUAGCCAGUAAUGCUGUGCCAGGUUUCAUUCAGCUCCUCACACUACCCUGGUUCCCAGAGAGCCCUCGGUACCUUCUCAUUGAUCGGGGAGACAAGGAUGCCUGCUUAAAGGCACUGCGGCGGUUGCGAGACUGCGAGGUGCAGAAAGAGGAGUUGGAUGAAAUGCUGCAAGAGCAGGCUGAAUCUGAGGGCAGGCGAGCUCAGCGGCCCUGGGAGCUUUUCAGUGAUCGUACCGUUCGCUGGCAGCUCGUCUCAGUCGCCGUCAUAAGCAGUGCCAUGCAGUUGUGCGGUAAUGAUUCAAUUUACUUCUAUGCCUCUUAUAUAUUUCAAGAGGCGGGAAUAUCAGUUGAACACACCCAGUAUGCAACCAUUGGCACAGGCACAUGUGAAUUCACUGCCUGUAUUCUGUGUAACCUGUUGAUAGAACGGAUGGGCAGAAGGCUGCUUUUAAUGGGAGGUUAUGUGCUCAUGACUGGCUGGGCUAUAGUAUUCACCUUGGCUCUUUCAUAUCAGGAUGUAGUACACUGGAUGCCUUACCUGAGCAUGGUCUGUGUGUUCACCUAUAUUCUCAGUUUUGGGAUUGGACCAGCGGGGGUGACUGGAAUUCUCCCUACUGAGAUUUUUAACCAAGCGGCUCGCCCUGCUGCUUACAUGAUUGCUGGUUCUCUAAUGUGGCUUAAUCUCUUCAUUAUUGGAAUGAUAUUUCCCUUUAUUGUGAAAGGACUAGGACAGUUCUGCUUUGUGCCAUUUGGUGUUGUCUGUCUUAUCACUGCUCUCUAUAUUGGAUUGGUUCUGCCAGAAACUAAAGGAAAAACACUACCUAUGAUCACAGGCGAAUUCCACAGGCUUAACUUCCGAGAGAAUACGGGUCCAAAGUGCAAAGACGUUCAUUACCAACAAGGCGAAGUCCACCACUCAACUGCCCUCUAAGCUACUUAUUUAUAUAUUUGGAAUUCCUGUCAAUUUAAGAAUGCUGGAGCUCUCUGUUGAAGAGUAAGUGUUCAAAGGGUUUACCCAAAUAUAACCACAAGACAUUAUUGUAAGAACAUUGUAUUCACAAAUUUAAUUUAGGUAAACAAAUGUACAGAUAUGGUAUAGGCACUAGACCUAACCCUAUUCUUACUUUAUAGUAAUUAUACCAAUUAGCACUUUUUAAAAGAUUUUCACACUACUCUCAAAAUCCUCUCAAUCUCUGGAUAACAGCUAGAACAAAUACUGCUGGUGUACUCUUUAGUCAUAAUAAAACCAUGAUGAUGAAAAUCUGGCUUUAUUUCUCUACUCUAGAAGAAUUUGUAUUUUACUGCCUUACUAUUUUUCAGUUUGAGAUUAGUUCUUUUUUGUUGAUGAAUGAACAUUCUAUGUGCAUCUAUAUACACUCACAAUAACAGGAAUUCCUGUAAACCUGGUGCAAAAAAACAAAAAACAUAAUUUGAGUGGGAUGUUCAGAGCUCAGAGGAGAAUGACUCGACUGGUUUGAGCUUACAGGAAGUCUAUAGCAGGAGUUCUCCAACCUUUUGUCCUCUGAGAGCUACUUUAACAAAAUUAAGGUUAAGAGCUGCUUGUGUUAUAUUAUUAGUAACAUGUAUUUACAUAGCUUGAUGCCAUACAUCAAACCAGCUGAAUAAGCUAUUUUUGUGUGAACUUUAAGAAA